AUGGAAGCAGAAUAUGUGGCAGCUUCUGAGGCAGCCAAAGAGGCAGUUUGGCUCGGUAACUUCCUGAGAGAGUUGGGCGUGGUUCCCUCGAUUCAAGCACCAAUUACACUUUAUUGUGAUAAUAGUGGUGCGAGAGGGGAUAUAGUGGUCACCAAGAUUGCGUCAGAGAACAACUUGGCGGAUCCGUUUACUAAGAGCUUACCACAGAAGACUUUUGAUAAGCAUGUAGAAGGAAUGGGUGUCAAAAUUGUAGAUGCAUGUUAUUCUCUUCUUGUUCCCAUGGCUACCAACUCAUCAGAAAAUAUUAAUCACCUCAAUGAAGUGAUAGUUGCCAUGGUACCAUUUCCUGAUUAUAGCCAUCUCAACCAGCUUUUCAUUCUUGGUCGCUUCAUCGCUUCCCAUAAUAUACCAGUACAUUUCCUCUGCCUUGCUGAUAGGAACCAAGAUUUAAAACUGCGCGUCCAAGGUGAUCUCAGGGCCUCUAACAUCCAUUUCCAUGACAUUUUAGUACCUUCUUCUCUGGCAGGAAUAGAAGGUGCUGGACACGGUCUGCCUUCGAUUGUAAAAUUUAUAAGAAGCCUCAUCAAUCCCAUUCAAAGAACGUGUAUUGAUCUCUCUACCAAUGCAAAGAGAUUUGUCAUAAUUCAUGACUCCAUAAUGAUGGAUCAUGUGAGGGAUGUUCAUUCAUACCCGAACGUGAAGUCUUAUAUGUUCCACUCCAUUUUAGCAUUUGCCAGAUAUUCUUUGCUCCGACAAUGUAUUGAUCACAUAGUUGAUGAUGAUGAUCAUGUAGGAAUGAUUGAGAAAAUGCCGGAUGAGUUUCCGUUAUUGGAGAGUACGGUUGCACCAUUUGCGGCAGUUUUACUUAGAAAGGAACAUGAAUGGAAGCUCAACUCGGGAGAAAUCAUAAACUUUUGCAGAGAACUAGAAGGUAAGUACUUAGAUUUACUUACCAAUGCAAAAGACAACAAGCCGUGGUUGGUUGUUGGUCCACUUCAUAUGCUGCUAGAAUCACACGACUCUAGCAACAGGAGUCGUCAUGAAUGCCUAGAGUUUCUCGACAAGCAAGACGUUAAUUCAGUAAUAUUGGUCUCGUUUGGAACAACCACUACAUUCUCACAAGAGCAAGUCAGUGAGCUCGCACUUGGUUUAGAACAAAGCAACCAUAAAUUUAUUUGGGUACUAAGAGAGGCGGAUAAAAAGAUGGAAAAUGAAAAAUUGGAAGUGAAAGAUGAGAAGAUUGAAUUGCCAAAAGGGUUUGAAGAAAGAACGGAAGGAAGAGGAAUGGUAGUAAGAAAUUGGGCGCCCCAGUUGGAAAUCUUGGGGCACCGAUCUAUAGGUGGAUUUUUGAGCCACUGUGGGUGGAAUUCUUGUAUCGAGAGCAUUAGUAUGGGAGUUCCAAUAGCAGCUUGUCCAAACAAUGCAGACCAGCUUUAUCACGCGGCUCACCGGGAAGAAUUGGUGACAGCAAAGGCAAUCGAGAAAGCUGUCAAGACUUUGAUGGAUACGACAGAAGGGGAAGAGAUGAGGCAAAGGGCGAUGGAAUCGAGCGAUAAGAUCAAGAACUCUGUUAGCCGUGGAGGACUUGCACGCAAGGAAAUGGAAUGUUUCAUAUCAUGUAUUAUCAGAUAA